UGCUUGUAUUCGGAUAAUCCGAAUAUUUCGGAUAUUCGAUUAGCACAUCCGGACAAUCCGAAUAUUUCGGAUAUUCGUUUGGUACAUCCGGAUAAUCCAAAUAUUUCGAUAUUCGGUUAG